AUGUCCGUCGCCGCCGACGCAUCGCCUGCACCAGAUCCCAAAUCAGUCCUCGAAGCCGACUUUGCCGCCUUCACUGCUGAAUAUGUUGCUGCCUAUCCUAAGAUUACGGCUGAUUCGUCGCUGUCGCCUGCUGAGAAAGGCCAGCGCGCUCUCGACCAUAUGAUGUCCUUCUACUUUUCCUCCCUCUCCUCUUACUCCCACGGUAGCGUCACGCCCGUCGACGAAGACGUCUACCGCACCUAUCUCUGCGCCUACUUCGAGCAUGGCCUCGGUCUGAACCUGUCCGUCGCCAAGGAGCGUCUUGUCAUGGUGCAUGCCGGCCCGGAUGCCAAGGGCGAUAUCAUGGGCUCUGGGGUGUGGUUUGUCACGUAUAAGAUUGAUCCGCUGGAUGGGCUGGAAGCGUGGGAGUGGGAGGAUGUCUAUGGUGUGCGUGCGCGAAGGGGGUCCGAUGGCAAGCGGGAGUUGGGCUUUGAGUGGGUGGUUGCUGAUAAUGAAGUUACGGGCUUGAUGGUGCAUCGGCCGGUCAUUUUUGCUGAGCUGUUCGGUGGCCCUGUUUCUGCUUCUACUUCCUGA